GCACUGCUUUGUGGUCUUCAUUAAUCGAUCGCCUUUGCAUCUCGAUUUUGAGAAGCAUCGCGACGUUCCUCGACGAUGGCCGCCGUGUUCUCCACCGUCGCCGUCACCGCUCCAGGGAGCCCUAGUGCUCGCCUCUUCCUCUGCCAGAAGCCCUCCCCAUCUCCUUCCUUUUCCUGUCUCCCUCUCCGCUCUCCGGUCGCCGGAUCCCUCCGCCUCGGCCUCUCACCUCUGCGCCGACCACCGGGCUUUCUCCGCCCGCGCGCCGCCAUCUCCCCGCCGCCUUCCUCUUCCCUUGUCUUCGAUUCCACCAGGACUCUCGCCUCCCUCUUCGCUUUCGCCGUUUCCGUUUCCAAGGGCCUCCUCUCCUUCUUCCAUCGCUUAGCAGAGCGUGCCGCCGCCGCUAGUCCGGAGGAGAUGGAUCAGCUUCGCUCCCUCCAGGGGAAUCUCACCUGGGCUGUGGGCCCCCUUUUCUUCGCCGCUCGCCGGGUGGCCCGGCCAUCGGGCUAUCUCAACACCCCGCUCACGGUGGUGGCAGCAGGGAUGGCGAAGUGGCUUGAUAUCUACAGCGGGGUGUUGAUGGUUAGGGUUCUGCUGAGUUGGUUCCCCAACAUUCCCUGGGACCGACAACCCCUCUCUGCAAUUAGGGAUCUCUGCGAUCCUUAUCUCAAUCUCUUCAGGAACAUCAUCCCUCCAGUUUUUGAUACCCUCGAUGUCAGUCCCCUUCUGGCUUUUGCUGUCUUGGGAACUCUUGGAUCGAUACUCAACAGCAGCCGAAUGAUGAAGUAUUGAAGAUUUGGGAGAGAAGAAAAAGUGCGUAUAUUUAUCUUUCAACUUACAAUUUUCUUUAGGUGUUCAAUUUUACAUGUCAAAAUGUUGCAUUUCUUCACAUAAACAAUGAUAUUGCAAGUUUAGUCAUGACAUUCCUAAAAUAAUUCUAUUCGAAAAUGCUGUUUCAUAUCA